GUUUGGUGGAGAUGAUGUGGAUGGCGGGAUAUGGCACUGGUGGCACCCGUGUGGCCGCUGGCGCUGGCAGUGGCUCAGUCGAGGGUGAGUGAGCGUAGCGCCAAAGAGAAAAUAACCCAGACGCAGUGGUUCCCGUGUUGCCGUGGCUGGGACUGAGGGCCACGUAGUGCCAGCGAUGCCAAGAGCUUUCGUUGCCCUGAGCGCCAGUGUGGGGCGGGAGUACCGGGGGUGACCUACUGCCGCUGCUGCUGCUGCUGCUGCUUGUUCUGUUGUUUCGCAUGAUGAAUGACCCAUCACGGGCACCUCAGUACCAGAUGGGUUGCUCAACAGCACAACAAUGUGAUGACGUGAAAAGAAAAGCCUGAAAAACCUAACGCGAUUCCAAAGGACACACGAGAAGUGCAUGAGAAGAGCCUAGGAGUGGUGUUAGAAGAGCAUGGGAGUGGUGUUAGAGGACCCUGAGAGUGGUGUUAGAAGAACCUGAGAAUGGUGUUAGAAGAAGCUGGCCGGUAGUAGUAUGGUAAACAGUAGCGAGGGUGGAGUGAGGUGUCUGCAGCAGUCUCCACACCCACAACAAACACUGAGUCACCACAGCUGCGACUCCACCAUCAUCCAUCACUCUCUGAGGGACACUGACGAGUCAUAAUGUUUUGCUACAUAGUGAAUGAGUGCUAGAAGGGAAAUGUAUUCAAAGGACUUCAAAAAGACACGUGAUAAUAUCCGUCAACAAGAGACUAGAUAUAAAGUAAGGAUCUAGAGAAAGAUAAAAUAAAGAGGGAAAGAGUGAGAUAAACAGGAGAAAACCUACCUCGACUAGACUUGCCCAAGAGCUCGGGGGGUGGGUGGUCAUUUUGACCACCACCUGGAGGGACCUCCACCUCAGAAUGGGGGUGAACAUGGGCAAGGGUGGAGGGGGAGGUGGUGCCCACGGUGGGAGUAGUGGAGGGGGAAUCCUCGACGCCCUCCACCUCACCCAAGGCACCCUCCACAUCGUCAUGCUGGGCCUCGACUCGGCUGGCAAGUCGACAGCCCUCUACCGCCUUAAGUUCGACCAGUACCUCAACACCGUCCCCACCAUCGGCUUCAACUGCGAGAAAGUCAAGGGCCUGUCCGGCAGGGCGAAGGGCACCAGCUUCCUGAUCUGGGACGUGGGUGGUCAGGAGAAGAUAAGGCCACUGUGGCGCUCCUACACCCGCUGCACUGACGGUAUCGUCUUCGUGGUAGACUCUGUCGACCUGGAGAGACUAGAGGAGGCCAGGUGUGAGCUCUACAAAACUGCGAAGUUACCCGAGAACGCACAGGUUCCAAUCUUAGUGCUAGCCAACAAACAGGAUUUGCCAGGAGCCAAGGAUCCCUUAGAGAUUGAGAGGCUACUAGGGAUAGCAGAACUGGGCAACACUCAUCUCUGGCAUAUACAGCCAGCGUGCGCCAUCACUGGAGAAGGUCUGGACGACGCUCUGGAACACCUCUACGAGAUGAUCCACAAACAACGACGUCUCUCCAAGACUAGCAAGAAGAAGCUAGAUGAUCCUCCACCUCCGACUAGUUGGUCGCCCCCCAAGCCAGCUGUCGGUCGCCUUCGCUGCCCUCGUCGUCGUCGUAUUCGUCGCCAUCGCCACCUCCGUCGUCGACAUCGUCGUCGUGGUGUUGUUGCUGGUGGGGAGGGAGAAGUCGGGCUACCUAUGUGUAGUGUUUCCUGCCAGCUUGAGUGAAGACUAGUUUCCAGCUCUCCUGUUGGUGAUAAUAUGACCACCCGUCAUCUUUAUGUUGUAGGUGGUGUGAGGGAUGGUGGUGCCACUACGUUGUGCUCCUACAGGUGGUGAUGGUGGUGCUGCUGCAGGUGGUGGCGAUGAUAGUGCCGCUGCAGGUGGUGGUGGUUCCCCUGCUUGAUACUGUUGCUUCGUUUUGAUGCUGCAGGCGGUACUACCGCUGCUGCUACAGGUGGUGGUGCCGCUGUGUGCUGCUGCUGGAUGGGAUCCUGCAGUGGGGAAUAGGAAGGGGUAGAAUUCCCAAAUCCUAAUCCCACCAUUCCCAGCUGGGGGAGCUAACUGGAAUACGAAUCCUCGAAACAAUUACCAUUAUCACGGGGAAGCGUAAGGUCCACACAGCACUUGGGGGAAUGAGAGGCAAACAGAUCUAAUCUGAGAAAAGAGAGAGCCCAGUUCUUUGAAUCAAGAGCCCUUCACUGACACCCAGGCACCUCCCUUCAGGGGAUUAAUCAGUGUAGAGUUAGAUAACAGCGAAUAAUGUCUUUCAAGAUGUCUGUUAAGAAAGCUUAUAUAUUUGGAAGCGCUUGACCCGCAGGGAUUAUACAGCGCCUAGGGAGUGGGUGGUAAUUAGUUAAUUUGAACCAAUUCUUACGAACAAGAGCCCUUGAAGACACCCUCCCACAUAUAACUGAGAUAUAUAUUAGAGAAUAACUCGGUGUUUAUAUGACUUGAUUUAUAUGUCUUAACUGCCUUGUUUAUAUCAUUUAUCCUCUAUUCCAGACGUAAAUAAGGAAAAACGAUAAUUGUGGUGAAUGGUUGAUGGGAAGAGUACGUAGAUAAUUAGAAGUUUGGACUGGACACACAAGCUAGAUAAGAAGGUUGGAUUAGAUUGAAAACUUUAUAUAAAUGCUAGGAUUGGACGGAAUAGGCUAGAUUAGGUUAGGACUGACUUCCAGGAGGCUGCGCCUGGUUGUGAUAAAGAAUUUAUAUAAUGUAUUCAAA